AAAGACUGAAAUAUAGGUGGUUGGAGCGGACUUUAAUACUCUUCUAAAUGCAUCCAUACAUACAGUUACAAAUUAUAUGUUUGUAUUUUAUUUUGUUUCUGAGGUGUAAAUUUCAGAUGUAUAUCAGAUUUAUAUCAGAGUGACCUCGUUUUGGUAGGGGGUUGUCUAAUGAAAGUACAUUAAUCUUUGCAUAAAGUUAUAUUAUUGGAGGCAAUAAGUUUACUUUUUAGGUCUUAUUUUAAAGGAGCAUAACACAUAAGAUAUACAUGAACAAAAGAAAAAAAGCGACAUCCGAAAAUUAAAGAAUAAAAUAAGACACUUGUUAUAAAUGGUUGUCUAAUCUGGUGGCGUGACGUUUUACCACGAAUUUAAAAGUCUUUGUAAGAAAUGCAUUACAUGUAUAAAUAGAUGUACAAGUUAUCAAACACUUAAGAGGACCGGCCGGGAAUCACCGUUUUGAUGUGUGAAUUUAUCUACAAUAGUCUUCCUGGAUUAUUAGUAUAGAAUCCUAUAAAACUGACAGGAACAACAUAUAUAUAUAUAUAUAUAUAUAUAUAUUCAUAUCCUCACAUAGGAAGUCGCUACUAUUGUUAAUUCAGGUAAAAAUGCCAGGAGAACAGCUGACCUGUGUUUGGCAGGCUAUAUAUUCCCUCGAUCGUCUCAACAGUGUAAACAUAAAUAAAGAUGCAUUGAAAUUGUUUCUCACAAAUGCUGCUCUAUACGAAUCAAUCCAAUUUUCUGAGCGCACAUUUUCCGACACGUUUUCAGAGGCGACUGUAAAGUUCAAUGAUUUCAAAGAGUACGUAAAAAAACAUCUACGGGAAAACGGGGUUGCCUAUUCGAAAACUUGCAGUGAUUUGGAGGAAUUGAGUUGGAACAACCUUAAGUCUGGAAUGAAAAGUAAUCUUGAGACAGGAGACGUUUACAAACUAUGGCGCAUUUCUAAUCGUCUGAUGAAGGAAGACAGCUACCCACCUGUGAUCUUCCGCGAGGAGGCAAGUUGGCUUUUAGAGAAAGUGCUGUCUAAUCUAGAGCAUAAUCUCAAAUCUUCAGAUGAUGCCUUUAGGCAAGACAAAUUUACUUUCCAAGAAAUGUUAUCAAUUAUGGAGGAUUUUGCCUUUUCCGACAAAUCACAGCAACAAAUAACCACGUGUAUCGACGAUCUCUACAUGUGGUUGGUCGUAGAGGUAAUGAAGAAAGGCAAAGUACACAAGCGUACUAAGAAGCAGGCAAAUUGGACAAAUUGGGUAAAACGUUGGUGUGUUUUGACACCUCAGUAUCUUCGAUACUAUGGUACGGAUGCUAAAGCUUUAACAAGAGUACCCAAAAAAGCUGAAUCCAACCAAAAAGGCGAAUUUACGUUUACUAAGAAUACUAAACUAGAAAGCCUUGAAGGGUACAGUGGUGUAUUGAAACAUUUUCAAGGCAGGUUUAGGCUCGCGAAUGUCCCAGUUCUAGAAAUGGAGAUUGCUGUCGAUGACGAAAAUGAGAAACGGGCCUGGUUAUCUGACCUAGAGGAAAUAAUUCAGUGCUUGAGAGAUAAUACAACACCUGUUCAAAAACUCCUUAAGGAAAGGCAUUUGAAAAGUAUGGCAGCAAGGGAAAAGAAAGAUAGUUUGAAUAAACAAGUAGAAGAUAUCGAAUCUGCUCUAAAUAAAACAAAGCUCCGGGCAGAGAGGCAGUCUAAAAAGCAAGUUUUCGAUGACACAUCCAGAAAGGUUGUUAAACCAUUAACGACAGAAAAACCGAAAGACAAAAUACAAACAAAGCGUCCUUCCUUGGAAAAAGAAAGUGAAGAAAAGAUAAAGGCGAUGUUUAUGAAAAUUGACACAAAUGGAAACGGAUUAUUGGAUAAAAAUGAAUUUGCAAACUUCUUAAAGGGUCUUGGAUUAAACAUGUCGGAAAAAGAAAGCAAUCUUAUUUUUAAAUCUGUAGAUACAAAUAAAAGUGAACAGAUUACAUUCGAACAAUUCAAAAACUACUUUUGUUUAUAUAUCAUGAACGAAACUGAAACUGCAGAAUGCGUGAAUGCAAUGCGAAAGGCAUUUUUGGAGGCUGAUCGUGAUGGAUCAGGAACUUUGAACUUCCGGGAAUUUACGGAAUUUGUUUGGGAAAAGAACAGAUCCGCGAGAAUGACAAAAAUUUUGAAGUCUUUCGCUAACAUUACUACUGACGAAAUAUCGUUUAAUGAUUUUGAAAAGUUGGUUUCAGGCAGUGGAGCAGAGGUUCUUGUGCCAAUAUUGGAAGAGGAAAUAGAACAAGGUACUGAUUCAACUCUAGAUGAUUUUGAAGGCAGCCUUCAGAAAGUCUAUAAGGACACAGAGGCAGAUGAACUAGCUACCUAUAUUAGACAACGAUGGGAUAAAUUUGCUACAUUCCGAAGGGCUGGACAGACAGGUUCUGUUGUUAUGACUGGUGGACACGGAAUGGUAGCAGAUAUUGUUCCAGGAGAGUAUAGCUUGAUUGACCUUGCUUGUUUCAGUGAUCUGCCUCCAUUGGUACCAAAGCAUGCGGUCGUAAAAGACACACGAUGGUUAUCAAGUACAAUACCCGGAAAAUCAGGAAAGUUGAUAUUUCCACUUGAAUAUGACAAACAAGUACCAAUCGAACAGGCCACAUCGGAACUUUUGCGGUAUUAUGGCUGCAGUUUUGCCGAUAGUCAGCAAGAAAAAAUAUCUUUGCUCUUCCGCCACGGAAUCCAGGAUUUCACUUAUGAAAACGGAUACUUGGAAAAGUAUGUAACGGCUACAAAUGGUGGAGCAGGAGUUGAAAAGCAUGAUUUCUCACACUUAGAUUGUCCCUUGUCAGAAGAUUCGGGCUUUUUUAUCCUUGCAAAAUUCAUGGACAACGGCGACUUCCACAUAACAGCCUUUCGACUUCCUGUACGUCAUACACUGUAUGUACCCGGAGGAGUAAUUCAUUGUAACGACUACCUCAAAGGGACAUGGAGAACAAUGCUGUCAGAUGAAACAGAAAUUGAUCACGUGCAUCUCACACACGUCGUACAAGAAGGACAAGAAGAAAAGUUUAGAUUCCAGUUUACCUAACUGCAUAUUCCGAUCAAAUUACUUUGAUUUUAAAUUGUAUAUAAUCAGUUAAUGAAAUUUAUUUUAUUUAAGGCGGUCUCUGUAAUUUAUAAAUAACGAAUUUUGAAAUUGCUUUAAAAUUAUAAAUAGCCAGUUAACGCUUUCACAUACACUUGUUCGAAUUGAAUGAAAUUCAUCUAUACAGAGUUUUCAUUGAAAUGAUGAAACUUUGAUCAUAUAUGAUUGCUAAAAAUAUUUGCUUUGUUGCAUGCAUGAAAGGUGAAAUGAUAUAGGGUUCGAUUCUCUUCUAACAGUUAUAACUAAUCAUUUGCUUUAUAAUUACAGUAUACAAUAGUUGUAUACAGUAAACAAUUAUAUAGUUGAAAAAUAUAUUAUCGUGCAAAUAUUCAUAACCCUUAUAUUUAAAGUAUUAAAAUCAGGAAUAAUUGUGAUUUGAAACAGAUACUUGGUGUCUUAGUUAGACAAUUGACCAAUAUUCUGUAACAAAGUGGAUUAAAAAGUACUCAUUCUAUUAUAUUGCAUCUAGUUUAGUUGUUUUAGAUUAUUUCUGCAGCGAACUGUUAUAAUAUAAAUGUUUUCAAACAAAC